AUGGGUUGUUUACCUAACGAGUUGUUUAACAAAUUAAAAAAAUUACCGUUCACUAACACGGUUUCAGAUAUAAAUGAAGAUGAUGAACAAAUUGAAAACGUUGUACCGUAUCACUCAAACAUAAUCAUAAUAAAUUGCUUAAAUUUUCAAGAAUUUCAAGAUGCUUUGACUAAAACGAUAACAUUAGCGUAUUGGCAUUCUCUUGCAAAUAUUAUUGUCUAUUACCAUGCCCCCUAUGAAAAAGAAAUUGUUGCAAAGAUAUUUUUUAUAUUGUGGUACUAUAGAGCUGUAAAUGUAAUAAUUGUCCAUAAUAACGACGCAAAGAAAACAAUGUUGGUGACCCAUUUUAGUCCUUAUAUAAAUGAUAAUUACCAACUCAGUAACAUAUCUAACAACCUUGGUACUUGCAUUGGAUACGAUACUCGUUCAAUAUUUUAUGACGGCACAAAAGGUAUUCAAAAUAUGACUCUAUUUGAAGACAAGGGGAAAAAUUUACAUGGAUAUACUUUUAGAGCUUUUAGUAUCGAAGUGUUACCCUUCUUAGGCAUUAAAGAGCAUGACAACGGAACCUACACCCUUUAUCGUAGAGACGGAAUGAUCUGGAAUACCAUGGCAAAUCUUUUAAACUUUACUAUUGAUUUGUCUUCUGGAAGAGACAUAAUGAAAAAACAGUUUGAUUUCGAAAUUAACAUACAGCGAGUGUUUUCUUUUAUUCAGAGAAAAGAAGAUUUGGUGUUAUUUCCUAUUUAUCAAUUUGACAUAAUCAUUGCUGAAAUUGAGUAUACAGUUCCGUUAAUAGAUAGUGGUGUUUGCUUUUUAAACUGA